ACUCCUCUUGCAAACACCCACACUGGUACGAAGUCUUGCCCCAAUCUAGAGAGAGAAAGUAAUCAAACAGGAAGAGAAAGAUGGGAGGAGGAAUGGAGAUGCGCAAGAACCACUGGAUCGAGGAAUGGGCAACGAAGAGAGAGAAUCUCGAGCACCAUUUCCGGUGGACACGCCGCAACCUUGCCCUUGCCGGAAUCUUCGGAAUCGCCGUCCCCGUCCUCGUCUACAAAGGCAUCGUCAAAGAUUUCCACAUGCAAGAUGAGGAUGCAGGGAGGCCACACAGGAAAUUCUGGUUUUAGGCAAUUUCUGCAGUUAAAUCUGUAAUAAAUAAAUGUGUCUGAAUUUUUUUUUGAAGAUUUGUAUUCUUCAAACUCUUUUCCAAGUUGAACAAUUUUGUUAAUUGUGGUGAUUUCUUCAACCAACUCUGUUCUUGAAUUGAUUGUUUUACUUGUAUGAAGAAUGAUAUGUUCAAUGGAUUUUUUUAGGGCAAA